UGUUGGAUAUAUUGCGCCGCUCCGAGUCAAUCUUUGCACACUCUUUAUCUUCCCUUCAUCCGGUGAGCGUGAUAUCACGCAUGACAGCAUCGACUGCAUCACCCGGAUCAGAAUGCAACUCGGAACAAUAGAAUCAUAAAUCAUAACAAUAGAAUCAUAAAUCAUAACAAUAGAAUCAUAAAUGAGAAUACGAUCUGCGCAACCAAGAACGAUUGCUCGCACGACAACGCGCAGUACGACGUGACACGAUCGUGCAUACGGCAUCACAGUAAAAAGGAGUCUUAAAAGGCCAACCGAGAAACGGAUCGGUCGGAGAAGCAUAGGUGUGACCGACGUGCACGGAGCACAACGACGUGCUCGAAUCUUCCACUACUUCGAACUGUUCAUGGAACCAAGAUAUAAUAUCAAGACACAACGACGUUAAACAUUAUUCGUAAACUAACGAACAAAUACAACAAUUUGCCCGCCAUACCACAACACAGAUAUACAAGUUAUAAGACUGGUCAUGCAGAGGGAUUUAAUAAGUCAUUCUAAAUCAACCGUGCCACCUCUCUAUCUCACUACGAAUCAAAUUUAGGGAUUUUUUAGACACAUAGAUGCCAAUCCAUGAUACCAAUAUCGACUUGAUACGUGCGGGGGCAACUUUUACAUGCUUCUGUAUCCCUAUCAUAUAACAGAGUAUAUAAGAUUGUCUUUUGAAAUAGUCUCGAACUACACAAAAAAUAAAGAUUUAUUCAAAUUGUAAAAAUAAUGAAUGCGAAAGAAUAUGCAUCUUGUAACGAUGUGCAAAAACAGCAUGUAUUGAAUUUAAUCGACGAAUUUGAGGAAGAUAUAGCACAAAUGUCUGGUAAAUGUAUGGAUAUUGGUUGUGGACCUGGAGAUAUAACAAAAAAUAUCCUUUUACCAGCCUUAAAUUCAAAUGCAGUAAUAAUAGGUACCGAUAUUUCGGAAAAUAUGAUCAAAUUUGCAAAAAAAACAUAUUCUAAUGAGAAACAGCUCAAAUUCGAAGUGUUAGAUAUCCAAACUAAAAAUUUGCCUGAAAAAUAUAUUUCUGAAUUUGAUCAUAUAUUUUCAUUUCACACUUUACAUUGGUGUUAUGAUAUUAGACAAGUGUUUGAGAAUAUUUUCCAGAUGAUUCGACCUGGUGGAAAUAUUCUUAUACUUACAAUAGCAUCUCAUGAUAUAUUUAAAAUUAUGAAAAUUUUGGCUCAAGAUAUUCGUUUUGCAUCAUACAUACAAGAUGUCAGAAACUACAUUUCGCCAUUUAAUGAUUCAAUCACUCCUCAUAAAGAACUGAGGAAAUUACUUAAAAGUAUUGGAUUUGAUGUUUGCCAUUGCAGUCUUCGAGAAGUGACAUAUUCCUCGCAAAAUAUGCAAAAUUUUUUAUCUUCGGUAUUAGCCUUCUACCCAUUUUUGGACAAAUUGCCACACGAUCAGAAAGAAGAAUUCAGGAAUGAAUUUAUACGUGAAUUUAUGAAAAGAAAGUUUGCUUGUAAAACAAUACAGAAUAAUCAGGAACAAACAAAUUUUAUAGAUCUAUACAAAAUCUUAAUAGUUUAUGCACGAAAAAUUGUAUAACAUUGU